ACUGUGAGCAUUUAAGUGCACAUUUCAUUAUUGAAAAUGUCCAUAGCUAUGAAGGCUGGUUCCUUGCGCGCAACGCGUGCAUGCGUUGCUCGUGGCCGUCGCAGCUUAAUUUGCAAGGCUGAGGCUGAGCCCACGCCAAGCACGUCAAAGACUCCUGACUGGCUGCCCGAGCAAGCUGGCCCCGUCCUCAAGUUCCUGGAGUCCACAGACUUUAAGCUGGAGGACGUGGACGCGUACAGGACAUAUCUCAAGCCGUACGUGGACUCCGAGUUCUUCAAGAAGAGCACCGGCUGGAACGAGCUGCCGGAGACCAUCAACGGCCGGGCGGCCAUGAUAGGCUUUGUGGCGGCUGCAGGUGCGGAGAUCCUGGGCUCCGGCUCCAUCCUGUCGCAGCUCAGCAAAGCCCCCCAGCCGGUGCUGCUGGUGCUGACGUUGAUUGUAGCCGCCUCCACCAUUCCCAUUUACAAGGGUACCCAAGGAGAUUAUUUGUCGGCACUGAAGGACACGUAUAGUUUACCAGAGGGUGUUUUCACAGAAAGAAAUGAGAAGUUGCAUGGGCGUUUGGCAAUGCUGGGUUUGACAACGUUGCUGCUGUUGGAGAUGAUCAUUGGCCGCGCUUUGUUGUAAACGACAGAUUCCCCGAAACUCAGUUACCCUCUUUGGAUGCUAGUCUGCACUGAUGUUUCUCGUACCUUUUAGCCCUUGGGCCUUUGGCUCGUAGUUUUCGACCCGUAGUAAUACAGGGAUGGGGUCACGCACCUCCAACCAUGUAUCACAUACCCCAAUUAAGAAGCAGUCAUAGCAAUAAGGAACCUGUGUAAAGAUAUGGAAAUUGUAACUGGAC